AUGGUCGCAAUCGUAUGUAUCGCAUCUCCUGCUGCAGUCAUUUUGAACAUUUUGGUUAUCGCAGGAGUGAGAUCAAGAAAAGAACUGCAAAAACACUCCAACAUUUUGUUAUCGAGCAUGGCUGCUGCGGACAUUUUGGUAGGUGCUAUAAACAUGCCUUUAUCAGCCACUGUUGACUUCGUUAUUUCCCGGCAAGUUUUUAAUGAUCACAUUUGCACGGUAGAUUUGGUUAAUGUCUACUUGAUGUACACGUUAACGGCUUGUACUCUAUACCACUUGACUUUUAUCGCUUGGGAGAGGUACCAGGCGAUACGGAAUUGUUAUGAGAACAAGGCAAAACUUACAAGAAGCCACCCCAAGAAACUCGCAAUAACAGCUUGGUUCUUAGCCGCGUUUACACAAGUUUCAGGUAUUUUACUAACAGCCCUAAGCAUCAAACAUGAUUUCAUUGUUGUGGCUAUUGCUGCAUUUUUCGCGUUAAUUUUGAUCGCCUACUUUUACAUCGUGGUAUAUCGUGAAGCCCGCAAAGCUAAACAGAUCAUCACCCAAGUUACUGUUAUGGUGAAAACAAAACUCGAAAAUGCAGUUGCUAUCACGUGUGCAUUGGUUUCGACGGCUGUGGUUCUUUCCUUUGUUCCCUUGGUAACUGUUGGUUUGAUGGGAGAAUUGUACCCAGGCCUUCGCAAGAGUUCCGUCUCCCGGUCAGCAGAGACACUUCUGCAAAUGAACUCUAUAGUAAAUCCACUAAUUUACUUCUACAGAAACCAUCGCUUUAGAAACAUCGUUCUUGAGAUUUUAUGCAUUAGAAAACCCCACGUAGCCAAGUCAAAAGUUGCUCCCAUGCAAUAUGUCAGAUCAAAAGAUCCUUUUUCAAAGAAAGGUAUUCAAAAACAUCCAAAUGUGAACAGCCAUCACCUUUUGUCAAGAUCAGCGUCAUGCGAAUUAGCCAACGUGAUAGAAUUAAAUCGUGCAAUGAAGAAAAGACCUGUAUCGGCUCCUUCAAUGAUCAGAUUACACAGCAACUCUUUUGGCAGUUCUCAGCCGCAGAAUCCCUUUUCCAUUUUAACAGUUGUUGCGACAGUCCAUCCUCAAAGGCGCGAAAGACAUCGUAAAAGUUUGCCAAUAUUUCAUCCUUCAUCGUUAACGAAAAGGUGGGAAGCUAAACGUAAUCAUUUUAAUCUGUCUAAUCCUGCUGGAGAUUUGAUAAAGAAACGAUACCAGUUCAAUAACAGAAAAUUGAGUAACCAUCUGCCUUAUCUCCUACCCAGAUCUCCCACGGCCAGAGUACGACAGAGUGAGAUCUGGGUACAAGAUUACCAUCUGGAAAGAUCCACCGCAAACGGAAAGGGCGCAUGCUCGCAUGGAAUUUCGUUGCGAUCUCGUAAAGGUUUCUUGAAAAGAAGUAUGUCGGCCCCAGCGUUACGUGAGAUCAGCAGUUUCCGCAAUGACACACUGCAGAGGGAGGCUCCUGCAGCCUGCGACGAAAGCUUGGACUCCCGUCACCUUUAAAAGUCGUGAAAAUUGUCAGAGGGCUCAUGAAGGCUCAGUCCAUAAAGUGACGAGUCAGCGUCGUCUUUGAACACCUUCGUUUUGCUUUCGUUCAUUUAUCUCUGAUAAACAAUGAAUGCAUUUACCAAUUUGGACGCUAGGAGGCUAAUUAUGCAUAUUUUUGAUUAAACAAUUAGAUGUUAAGAUCAAGUCCAAUUCCAUAUUUAGAAGUUGAAUCAGCUGUAGUCUUAGCACGAUCGUUUCGUGUUAUCUGAAAAUAAUAAAAGCUGUUUUUACAGAAAAAAAAAUACGAGCAACUGUGAAUAGAUGAAUAAGCUAUAAUAAUGCAGCCCCGACUAACUGACUAACAAGUUGUCAUGUUCGCCGCCAGACCAAUGUAUCCCCGUGAUGGGGUUCUUGUUAUCAUAAAGACGAUAAUGGAAAAUUAUGGAUGGAAGUUAUCAUUGUUACUUUUUGGACGCAGUAGCAACCGUAUGAUGUGCUAACAACAAGUAAUAAUGACGCAGAACUUUUCGAAACUCGAACAGUACAUUUUCCAAGACUAAAAUCGUCCUCUGUUUAGAGAGAAUAAACAAACUCAACCGCGAUUACUCGUAUAGGCAAAUUUUAUCACUUGUUUGCCCCCUUGGACGCUAGGAGGCUAAUUAUGCAUAUUUUUGAUUAAACAAUUAGAUGUUAAGAUCAAGUCCAAUUCCAUAUUUAGAAGUUGAAUCAGCUGUAGUCUUAGCACGAUCGUUUCGUGUUAUCUGAAAAUAAUAAAAGCUGUUUUUAAAGAAAAAAAAUACGAGCAACUGUGAAUAGAUGAAUAAGCUAUAAUUCUCCUAUAUAUCAAAUAUUAUAAUUACUUGAAGGGCGAGGUGAGGAGGUUAAGGAGACGCCCCUCGAUCUUAAUAAGUCGGAGCAAUUUAGGUUUCUGGGAAACUGCCCACCUACCCCUCCCCUAAGCCAUCAUUUUGCCCUAAGUGAGAAGUAAGUUAGCUUAGGGGAGGGGUAGGUGGGCAGUUUCCCAGAAACCUAAAUUGAUCCAAUAAGUCUUUCUUUUUCCGGAAAAAGUAGGGGGCAGCCCUCCCCUGCUCCGCCGUCUCUGGUAUUUCAUACAAAAUGCCUAAUUUCUCACAGUUUACUUAGUUUAACAAGUCCUUCAAUCAGUUAGUUUAAGUCAGUUUUUAUUUUGUAUGAUACUUUCUAUAUAAACUAUGAAAAUAAAGCAAAAUGAUGACGUCAGCAAAUAUUUGCCUAUUAGAUGCCAGAGACCCCAUGAAUUUUAAUGGAUUUUUCUUUUUUUUGGAGAAGUUCGCAGUUGUCUUUAACUAUAAAAUUUUGACUGCUUAAGAAUGACUUAAAGCUUCAGCAGUUUCAAACAACUCGAGCAGAGGAAACUAACCCUUACCAGGAGCCCAUCAAAUGGAGCCUCCAUCUCCAUUAAUUUCUUGAGUCAACCCUUUCCCGAGUAGAUUUAUAAAUAGAACGGCUUGUUUCCCGCGAAAAGCGUCAUAUUUCCGUGAGUCUCGUAUGCCACCGUGAAAUUAUUAAGUUGGAUGAAGUCGAACUCAGAAGCCCGUCUUUCGACCGUUUUCCUUUUCUACUAUACGUCCAUUUUUACAGUUUUACAGCCGCUGGGAUCUGGGAUGAAAUAAAAGUUAAUGAAUUACCCGACUGAGACUGAGCAUGAAGCGAUGGGACAACGGCAGCGAACUGAGGAUCACGGAAAGGUUCUUUGCGAGUGUUUGUUUUUUUUUUUUUGCCGUCGUACAUUCCACAUUUAAGCAUGCACCUUGAAAAGAGUCGACGAUUAAGCGUUCUGUGGACGAUUUGAAACUCUUCGAUGAUCAGCGCCGAAAAAGUGCCAGGAUCAUUUGAUUUUUGUUAUCGCCGUGGAGUGGAUUUGCAAAAGCGAUGACCUAAGUAGCAACCAAGGAGGAAUGCUUCAGAAAAAUUGCAGUCUUCCUUUACAACUGAAUUGUAUCACCAUGAGAGUUGCCUGAUAAAACUGGUACUUGAAAAUGUGGAACAGAAGACAACAGUUGCUCGACUGUGAAGCUAACUCAAAAGUAAUUUGCUAACGGUGGAAUUUGUGACAUCGCGCUCCAGUCCAAAGACCCACUUAUCUCAAGAAAAACAAAAUGGAUUGUAUCUGCGCCCAAAGAAAUAUGACUGACUAACAGAAGAAUUCUCAGCAAUUAAUGUAGAAGUUUAGGCCAAUUCUUUCCUUCGAAUUCGCAUCUGUAGAUCACUGUUUUGCGAGAAAACAAUGGCUGGGCUCGGCGUUACAAAACAUAGCAGGGAAUCAUCACACUAACUGACGGACAAAACAACCACAGUAUAGUAUUUAUUCAGACAAACGCAUUUCGGAGAAAAACUUGAAAAACUAGAAAUUUGGUUAAUAUUGAGUCAUUUAGCCGAAAUAAGAACCUUAACGCUCAAAAAAAUUGGCUAAAGAAAACGAAUCCUGUCAGAACUACAGACUGCAGGUAGUAGUUAAUCAUUACGCAUGUAACAGACCAGCUUCACGGCCUCUUAUAAAUUAAUGUGAGACAAGCAACCAAAAUUAAGAUUAACAUAUAGUCAGAGUUUAAAACUCUCCACAGUAUAAUCUACCCGCUAGAAAGAAAAGAAAGAAAAUCUCUGAGGGAUGAAAACGCUAAUGUCACGUUUCACUAGCUUAUGAUUUUGUUUGGCCUGUCAGCACCGGAUUUCCAGCUGUUUCAUGAAGUACAAUAGCAGUGUCAUUUAGUCGUUGUGAUUGGCUCUUCCCACCGUCGGCGCGCGAAAUCUCCCCUGGGAACCGUUCUAAUUAUAAAUCUACUCGGGAAAGGGUUGACUCCAAGGGCUUGUAUGGGAGAUGGAGGCUCCAUUUGAUGGGCUCCUGCCCUUACCCGUACCCAAACCUUUCCUCAAAAUCCACUAUCCUUCUGGACGCCUGCUACGCACGCUAGGGGGUGGGGGUUAUUUUACUUUGAGGGCUUAUUCAGGUAAGUGUGAGAUUAGCAGACAACCCCUCUCUCACAGGCUCUCAUAGGGACUGUAAGAGGAAAGAUCCUGAGAAUGAGGUUACUUUAGGAGAGACUAGGGCCAGGCUUCCAGCACCGUCAAACGUCUGAGGAGUUUUUUUGUUUUAUUUAUUGGAACCCAGGCAGGGUGACCUUUUUAUCUUCUCUUGGUGAAACUUUAUUUAUCAUUAAGUGGAAACAUGGCUAAGAAUGUAUAUAAGAAUUAUUUAAUCCAACUAUCUUUUCAUGUUCCCAAAAUACUGCGAAGCUUCUUACCAUUGAAAUUGCUUUGUAAAAUUAUGUUGGCAAACGGACGCCGACAAUAACACCAGUAUUUGUGUGUAUAAGCGGCUUUUAAAUGCAUCAGUCAAUUAAAACUUCUCCCCCACACCUCGCCACCCAACCCCCGGGACUUAGCGAGGAAUUUAACUUUGGUCUGGUGUUAAAACACCGCUAAUUUCUACGCUCCCGGGACCAAGUAUUUGGUUAAAAGCGGUAGGUGCUAUAAACAUGUAUGCCUUAAUCAGCCAUUGUUGACUUCGUAAUUUCCUUGCAAGUUUUUAAUGAUCACAUUUGCUUCGUGGACUUCUUCAGUUAAUGUCUUCUUGAUGUACGCUUUAACAGCUAUACCCUUCACCGUUUAAGUUUCGUUAACCUUUAUCCCUUGGGCGAGGAAAUGUUAUGAACUCAAAGCGAAAAUGACAUGAAGCCGCCCGCAAAAAACUAGUAACAUCAGUUUGGUUCUUUGAAAGGCUUACCGAAAUGGCUUGCAUGUAAACAAAAGGAACAGUCGUGACCUUCCUGAUGCUAGGAUCUUUCCAUCGUCUUGUAAACAGAAAGAAUCAGUUAUACUUGCAUGUGUCCCUAGUCGUGAUUAUAAUUCUGUAUAAUAUGCGAGCCAGCGAGUCAUGCGAGUCAACAUGCGAGCCAUGCGAGUCAACAAGCGAGCCAUGCGAGUCAGCAUAAAAUAACUUUUUUUUUAACGUAAAGUACAAAAAAACUAGCCUCUGUAGCUAAGUAACCUAUUUAUUCCAAAGGCACGCCCUUUAAAAUUCAGCUUCAGAAAAAUUCGCCAACAUACAAAUUGAACGAGGUGAAACAAUAACAAAGGUUUGAGAAUUCGUUAAACAAAGGUGUAAAGUUCUUCCUCGGUCACGUUUAACGAGUCACUCCAUAUGUGGUAAGGCACGUGACCAGAACAUAAAAAAAACAACCACUCUUUAAAACACAAACGUCUUGCAUCUUUCACAAUAAAACCAAUGCCAAUGGCUUAAGAAUAUCGCAAUAAAAAAUCUGACUUACUAACAAGUUUAACGUUCCUUCUCAAAAUUCACAUUUAUCGAAAAAGCUAUGACGUCAUUGAGGGGUAUUUUCAUACAUUUUCUUUAACAGGCUUUCUUGCUUUCGUCUGAACGCUAAUUUCAUGCUACAGAUGUUAAAAAAAAGUUAAAUUGCUUAUGACUCGCCAAAAAAAUGGAUUCUCUUUCCUUUGAACUUUUGCGCUUUUUCAUUUCUAAAGCGGGAUUGGGGACUGGCACUAGUUGCGCAAGUAUAGUGUCCAUUUAGUGUUGUCUUAUGUUCAGUUUCACGGUUCCCACCAUGUUAGCGGUUUAAGACACGUGAGAAAUAAUAACCACGAAAUAAUGUCCCUAGCAACGACUCGUAAACUGUAGUUAAGUUUCACCCCCUUUAAUACAGUGGCUCUAAAUAGCUUUUUUAAUUACUUUUUUUUGGGGGGGGGGGGGUCGAACGCAGACUGGGUUUAUGCAUGUUGACUUCGCUCUAUCCAAAGUGUGUUUUACCGAAUAUAUGCAUUUGGACACUGAAUUAGACUAUGAACCGGUAACAAACGAUAUCUCAAGAAGUACAAGUGGUAUUUAAUCAAAGUAUCUGUUCUUGCGUUAAAUCUGGAUCCAAAUGCAAUGUCAUUUGAGAUGGAGAAAAAGGAAUAAUAAAUGAAUUUCUUGGCAUUUUUGUUAUGCAGCACAUACUAAGACAGGAACUAACAUUUGUCUCGCAUGGCUCACGCUCACAUGAUGACUCGCAUGACUGGCAUGACUCGCUCGCUUGACUCGCAUGACUCACUGGCUCGCAGUUUGUCAAGACCCUUGUAUUUUCCGUUUUUGGACCAAUUUAAAACAUUUCCGAUAACUAACAGGCUUGGCCACGUAAUUUAAUACGGCAUUCAAGAUUCAAGUAACAAUCAGACCCCUACCUUUCAUAAAACAGAGAAGUGUUCUCUGCCGCCAGAACUGAUUCGAAGUUGAUCGAGCUCUUUCCGAGGCAGGUCAUUUCUAAAAUGAAUGACAGAAGUCAGGAAGAAGAGGCAUUGUCUCAGGCGCAAAUCCUUGCUAACGUCGAAAGACAAAUCAACGCAGCUACAGCUGCAAUUAGUGAGGCUUGUAAACAACUGCAACAAGAAGCAGACAAGCUUCAUAACGAGCGGGAAACAUUCGAUCGAAUGUCCAAGAAAAUAGAAAGUACGCAGAUUUCUGAGACGGUCAACCUCAACGUUGGUGGCCAGCAUUUCACCACAACUCGCCAAACGCUAACAAAGGACCCAAACUCGUACUUUGCUGCUAUGUUUUCGGGGAGGUUUUCAUUAAAGCGUUCUGAAGAUGGUGCGAUUCAGACGAUUGAAAUCGAUCGAGAUGGAAAACACUUCCGUCAUAUACUUAACUACCUGCGUGAUGGGAAGUUAUCUUUACCAGAAGAAGCCACGUGCACAGAUCUGGAGGAAAUCGAGACAGAAGCCACUUAUUACCAGAUACAAGGAAUUAUCGACGAGUUAAGUAAACCCAGAUCCGCGCAGAGUCAGAAGAGUUCGAUCCAAGGAGCCACAGCGCUAGCCACCAGGUUAUUUUCAGAUUCUAAGAUCCUGAGUCGAGAACUUGACAUGAUCUUGUCGGGUAUGCUACCUUACAAAACUGGCGACUGGCGACUUCUGUACAGAGCUUCUCGAGACGGCUUCGAGGCAGAAUCGUUCCACUUAAAAUGCGACUACAAAGGUCCAACAGUAACGGUUGUGAAAAGUGGAAACUUCAUAUUUGGCGGAUUUACUGAAGCAGCAUGGAGGAGUCCGCGUAAGUAAAAUUACGUUGUCUUCUUGAAUAGUAAAUAACUGUAAUUGUUAGUCGAGGUCUAGCAGGAUGGAGUUUUAAAGUGGCCUUAUUAACUCUUACCGCGGUCCACUUCAGUGAACCAAGAAUCGAUUUCCUUUAUAAUCGAAGUUAAGGUCUCGGUAAAGGAAAACGAGGUGCCCACAGAAAAAAAUUCUAGUCGCGCGAGUAUUUUCGCUACAAAGGCAAGUUAUAUAUCAAAUUAAAGGUAAAGACUAAAUUACCUUAUUAAAGAUUUUAUUUCAUCGAAUUUUAAAAGGCGCUUAUGUUUUUUGCUCUCGAACUCAGUCCCCCCCACAACUCAGAGGUAUCGAGUUUACUGCUGAAGCUCCAGCCCUUUCGCGUUGUUAAAUAUUCACUUCCUUUUUAAUUAUUGCGUCUGAUUGACAGAUAAAAGACCUAAAAAAGGGUGUGAGGAAAUUUGCAUAUGUCUCGUAUUAACGGAAUUGUUACAUUUCAAACUAAAAAGUCGAAUCUCGAGCGCGAUUUACGCAAAGAAACUGAGAUAAAAUGAGUUACAAAGGGAAAUCGGAAAAUUCCUCACACCCGUUUUGAGUCUAUAUCAUUAUCCAUCAUAUCUGAAAGUUUAAAAGCGAUAGCUUAAAACCUGUUCCGACUGGAGGUCGGAGAAGUUUGAUUUUUGCGUCUAAAAUAGAGUGAGAGAAAAUCCGCUCUAAAGAUUUAGCGCGAGGUCCACGCUUGGCUGGUUAGCUCAGAAAAGGCUCAUUUUAGGAGGGUUAAAAAGCACUUUCUGAUUUUCUUUUUCUGCCAAAAUAAAAUUUAGGACCCACUCAUGCCAAAAAUAAAAAAAAAACGAAAUCGAAGAAUGUACUAAAAUUUUCAUUUACCAAGACCUUAAGCCAAGCUGGCAAUGAAAAUUUAAUGUUGAUAAAUAGCCACACACUUUUGGAUACUUAUACGUUAUACGUGGGAAUAACGCCGCACGAACUAGUGAAAAGUGAUUUUUGUGAAUUCAUUCUUCACUCAGGCAGACAUUCAGUUAGUAACGUUCUAAAGUCGUGUUUCAAGACCAAAUUUAUACGCGACAUGACGAGAGGGUGGAUUGAAGGUCAGUUUUAAAUAUAACUUGAGUCACAUCAGCAGAUCAGUACUCGUCUGAAUUAGUGCACAGUCACCAGGUUUUUAUAGAGGCCCUGUUUGGGGUUUUAGCGGGAGUAAGGUAUAACCGGCCAAAAUAUUUUUAAGAUAGAUGUUUUUAAAAAUAAAUCCUAGGGAUAGCCAAAAAUGGUGGAUUUAGGGAUAACGGGAACUAUAAUCAUUAAGAUGAUAAAUACUUCAACCCCCCUUAAUUGGGACCGGAUAGUUUUGAAUGAACGUUUAUUAAACUUUGCUGCAUGUAUUCGGCCAAAUAUAUAGUGACAACAGGGUCAGUUAAAAGUUUGUAAAAAAUAUUUAAUUUUCUCCUCAAGGUGUGCGUAUGGAAGUUAUUGAAUCCAAACAGGCAUUUCUAUUCAGUUUGGUCAAUCCAUUUGGGACGGAGCCUGUUCGAAUACCCGCAGACGAGAAGGAGAGCGGCUGUGUUAUUGCCUGUAAAAAGUCGCUUGGGCCAUCGUUUGGACAAGACUAUUGGUCAGAAAAAUACCUACACAUUUCAAAUAAUGCUCAGUCAUCUAGAUCAAGUUAUAGUCGUCCCUGGAGGAAAACAAGGAGAUUUGUUCUUCACGGGUACUAAAGAUUUUACCGUCGAUGAUUACGAAGUGUUUGAAUUUUACUAGUGAUAAUAUUCGAACUCUAUCCACAAGCGUAGUGGGACUGGCUAAGGACGUCCGUGAGUGGAAAAUUAAUUCCACCUUUGUGAAAGAGGUAGAUUUAUAGACUGAAUCCAUAGAGUGAACUUCAGAACGUAGUAUUAAAUUUAAUAUUGUAAAUGAAGAGAGAAUUAGGUCCAAAGUUUGUGCAAUGAUAAAUUAUCCUUUUAAUGAAAAACAAAAAAAGGCAUUGACGGGGUGGAUUUUGCCUUGUUUGUUGUAAGGUAGCUAAGUCCAAUCUAAGCUUGACAAAAAAAAUUAAUGCAAUGAAUCUACUAGGACGGUUUCUUACACCGGUCAUUUUGUUUUCUAAUUUUGUAUUAAUUAUGAGGUUGCUAUAGAAAUAUGUUGUUGCCGUUACAAUAGACCAGGUUAGGCUUAUUUUCCUUGUAUAUUUUGUGCCCAUUGGAUGUCAUGUGACGGUACUCAAAUAAAGGAGUAUACACUUUCUUUCAAAAUAAAGCUCAUUAAAGUAGAUGAUUGAACCUAGGAGAAUCAUGUCAUAAGAAAGUUGUAUAUGAUCCUGCGGGUGAAUGAAGUACUAAAUAAGUCUGUUAUUCUUGACAGUGACUGACGGUUCGGCAAACUGUGCGGAAAUCAUCUUUUGAGUCAAUGGUUAAAGAGUUGCCUCCUUGAUUUCCAAAAAGACAAAGGACCCGGUGGUACUCAAAAAGUUUUAUACCGGGAGGCUCCUCCCCGAGGUCCAACCUCGUACCCGCUUAGAACUGUCCAUCCCUUUAAACUGCUAUAAAUGCUCUGUCUAAAUAAAUCUCAAAAACAGGAACGUUUUCUCGACUUUCUCACAGUCAUAAAACUGAUGCAUCUGUUACUCGUUUUGGGCCUUUUUACCGAACCAAAUGACAGAUUUCCCUACACUUUCAUAUAGUUCAACAAGUGAAAUCCCUUCCCUUUCAUAUAGCUGGGGCCUGAAAACGGUACCCCUUUAAUUUUUGGGCGGGGUAUUCCCGUAUAGGUCAUUUUAGGGAGUGUCCCCCCCCCCCCCCGGGACAAAGGGUUUUAAAAAUCUCCUCACUUGUUCUACAUUGGAGAAACAAAAUAUAAGAUCUAUUCGACGCUUUCAAAUUGAAAAGAUUUGGACAUAAACUUUGAUAUCCUCUUUGUUUUCGCCCCGCCUCCGCAAUACUUAUGUUAUGGAUCUGAACAUCUGUUUACGUUUAGUAGAUUCUAGUUGUGUUACGUAAUAUUUGGAAGUUUAGAGAAGACCGCACGAGUGUUUUAUGCGUUUUUUUGCCAGAGUUCCGUCUUUCGGUCAGCAGAGACACUUUUGCAACUGAACUCUAUAGUGAAUCCACUUAUUUACUGCCACGCAAACCGUUGCUUUAGAAACAUGUUCUCGAGAUUUCAUACGUCAGAAAACUUCCAACAGUGGUUCCCAUGGUGCAAUAUGUCAGAUCAACUCGUUUCUCAGUGGAGGGUACUCUAGAGCGACCAAAUGCACACAGUCGUCGCCUUUUUUCAAGAUCAACGUCAUGCGAAUUAGUCAACGUUAAGAUAUUAAGUCUGGAUCCGCCACUGUCAGUGACAAGUUCCACCAGAUACAGUGAGCUCGCAGGUUCAUAUGGAAUUCAAUUUAAAAUUUGAAAAGAAGUAUUUCUUUCUUUUCUUUUUCUUUGUUUCGCGUUUUCAUUUUGGUAUGACAACGCUGUGUGACCUUGUGUGAUUGCUUAUAUGUUGUGGUUUAAUUUCAUCCUUAAUUCAAAUUUUAUUUUCAAAACUGCUUCACACUCUUUAUCAUACAUCAUUAUACCCCCCAAAAAACUAAGGACAAUAUGACUUUAGCCAAGGAUUAAGUAAAACCACAACAUAAAUUUUUGAGGGAAUCCCAUAUUUACACGUGAUUUACCGUGCAAACACUUUGAAACACAUUGGAAGCUAAGCACCAGCAAUUUCUGAAUUUAGUUAGACUUUUGACAAAUAUUAAAAAACACGUAGGUUUUAAUUCAUUUCUUCUGUUCUUCCAUUUUAGCUCGCAUUGGUUUUAGAUGGUGGUUUCUCAAAAAGUUCUCUUAUGCGAAAGAAAAAACAAUGGAAGAGAACUUCUCAUUCAUCUCGUAAAUUAAGAGAAAAAACGCCGAGUUUAAGUUUCCUCUCUGAUCUUGGUAGCCUGCGAAUACAGCUUUCUCUCCUCGCUCCUCACUGCUAGGGACGUCCCUCGAGGAGCGAGGAGAGAAAGCUCUAUUCGCAGGUUAUGACCUUGAUGGCUGGUUUUGCACUAUUGACAUUCAUUACGUAAUAUUCAGCGUAUGCAAAUACUCCUUUUUUCUUCGAGUGUCUUAUUAAACUUAAACGUAUAAACAAACAGAUUUCUUCAGGAACUGCUAAUUGUUUCCGCACCAGAGCCUAUCCUGCCGUAAAUGAACCUUGAAAUAACCUUUGAGCUUUUUUAGAUUUAUUUUAAUGAACUCAUUCGCCUUUCGGUGAACUUGUUUUUCAUCAGUUGUACAGUGAAGUAAAGCAAAUGAAGUCAAAUUGAAGUUUAAGUUUCUUUUUUAAGUCUGGUGAAUGUUAUUUUUGGUGAUGGAGAAGACUACCCGAAACGCAAGUGCGAGCAUUCUCCGGGGGGCCGUUGGGAUCACAAACCCGAGUACAUACUAUGGGGGACGGGGGCAUGUUCGCCCGGUAAACUUUGAGAUUUGCUUCUCCUAAAGUGGGUACAUAUGUAUCUAGAACAUUGUCCUUUUAAGAGUAUUUUACAUAUCUUUUAAAAUCAGAACUUUGGUGUUCCUGUAAUUUGUAAUUUGUUUGCCAACGGAAAACUAAGGAAUUCUUAAGAACUCUUGAAACAUGUCCGUGCGUUCCAGAUCGAAUUGUAAUUGGACAUUUUGGUUUUUAUGGAGAGGGGAAAACCAGAGUACCCGGAGAAAAGGAAGAGAACUAACAACAAACUCAACCUACAUAUGGCAUCGACGCCAGGAUUUAAACCAGGGCCGCAUUGGUCGGAGGCGAGUGCUCUGUGCCACCCCUUGUUCCUUAAAAUCAUGUUGAUACUCUACAGGUUGGAAAGUCGUUCUUAAAGACCCCUUUAAAAAAGCAUGGGGGGCAAAAGCCCCCAGCCCCACCUCCCUCAGCCGAUUCCCUGCAAAAGAACGGAAAACUAUAAAGAUACUUCCUGGCUUUGCGAAAGAAAUGAGAUUCAACAUAUGGUUCGUUUUUGUCCUCGAUAAAACUGUUUUCCGCCUCUUGUUUUCGUUCUUUUUCCCACUCUGUGAAAACUAAUCGUACCACCGCCUGCAAAAGUCAGUUUAGUUUAAAACAAUAUAUAACUGAUUGUUUACUUUGUUUACUCUUGAUUAAAAUUAGCACCCAUUAUAUCGAUGGCUAUCAAGGAUAAUUGGAAUCGAGAUUGAUAAAUCGUCUACCAACUCGAACAGUAACAGUCAGUUUAUCAGGGAGUUCAUACACAAGCAACGAUGAACUUUUCGUCCGAGAGCAGUUUAGCUUUUUCUUGCCCACAGUAUCCCAGUUUUGUGUGGGACCUAACUGACAAAGUUUUCCCCUGGAUAAUGGUCGCAACCGUAUCUAUUGCUUCUCCCGCUGCAGUCAUUUUGAACAUUUUGGUUAUCUCAGCAGUGCGAUCAAGAAAGGAGCUGCAAAAAAAUCCAAACAUUUUGUUGUCGAGCAUGGCUGUUGCGGAUGUUUUGGUAGGUGCGAUAAAUAUGCCUUUUUCAGCAACUGUUGACUUUGUUAUUUCAAGGCAAGUUUUUAACGAUCAUAUUUGCUUGGUAGACUUGAUUAAUGUCUACUUGAUGUACGCUUUUGCGGCGUGUAACCUAUACCAUUUGAUCCUUAUCGCUUGGGAGAGGGACCAGGCAAUACGGAAUUGUUAUGAAUACAAAGUGAAAAUGACAAGAAGCCGCCUCCAGAAGCUCGCCAUAACAGCUUGGUUUUUAGCCGCGUUAACACCAAUUCCAAGCAUUGCACUAAAAUCCCCGGGCAUUUACUACGAUAUAAUUUGUGAUAUCGUUGGAUUUCUCAUGGUGAUUCUAAUCGCUUAUUUUUACAUCAUGGUGUAUCGUGAAACGCGCAAACGUAAACGGAUUACCAAAGUCACCGUUCUGGUGAAAAAAAAACUUGAAAACAGAGUUGCUAUGACAUGCGCAUUGACUUCAGCAGCUGUGAUUCUUUCCUUUGUUCCCGCGGUAACUGUUGGCUUGUUGGGAGAUUUGUACCCACGUUUUCGCAAGAGUUCCGUCUUCCGGUCAGCAGAGACACUAUUGCAAAUGAACUCUAUAGUGAAUCCACUAAUUUACUGCUACAGGAACCGUCGCUUUAGAAACAUCAUUCUCGAGAUUUUGUGCAUCAGAAAACCUCAAGAGACUAAGCCAACAGCCCUUCCCAUGCAAUAUGUCAGAUCAAAGGAUCUUUCUUCCAUGGGAGGUACUCAAAAACAACCAAAUGCGUACAGCCGUCGCCUUUUGUCAAGAUCAGAGUCAUGCGAAUUAGCCAACGUGACAGUAUUAAGUGGUGCUUAGAAGAAAAGAUCUGUAUCAGCUCCGUCACUAAUCAGAUCACACAGCAACUCUUUUGAGAGUCCCGGGCCGCAGAACAACCCCUCGUCCAUUUUAACAGUUGUCCCCACAGUCCACCCACAAAGGCUUGAAGGAUAUUUCUCAAUAUUUCGUUUAUCCUCGCCCAAAAACUCAAAGAAAAGUUGGGAUGCUAAACGUAAUUCUUUUAACGUGUCUGAUCCUCCAGAGGAUUUGAAGAAGGAGCAAUUCUCGUCCAAUAACACGAAACUGAAUAAGCGUAUGACAAAAUCUGCCACAUUUAUUAGUGGCGCAGAGGGUUUAUGUGCAGUUCCGUCACGUUCUCGUAAAGGCCCCUUGAAAAGAAGUUUGUCGGCCCCGUCGUUUGGUGAGUCUGAUCAGAAGUUCUUGCAAUAAUACACUGCCGUAGCCAGAUCCCACCGUAGUCGACCAGGACAGUUUCCACCUUAAAAAGUCGUGAAAAGUGUUCGGCAGAAUUUUCAUGUCAUUAGAAAACAUUAAAACUUAUCAUCGUCCUCGGUGAACACACUUGAUUUGACAUUCGUAUGGUUCUGGAUUUACGAGUGCUAGCCUUGCAAUUGCAAUUUUAAAACAAGUUGUAGCCUGUUCCAAGCUCGAAGAUAGCGAGGAAAUCAGAUCGAGAAAAGUUGCGCGAAAACCGCGUGGGGGAGACGGAGUAGCGGAGCCUGUAAGAAUUGUUUUCAAUACCUCAUUCCGAUGAACCAGCUCUUGGUAUACCCUAUGAUUGGUCAACAAUUGUCACAGUUUACUUCAACAGUGAUGUCAAUCAUUUGGUUUCGCGCGUACAGAGUCUAACAAACAUGUCGAACAUGUGAAUCGAAACCCUCCUGUACCACGCACCUUUUGACGUUUUCAUAUUUGACAUUUUGACAGGAGAAAUGGCUUUUCAGUGAGUGGGCGGGGUAGUGAGCGGAUUGAGGUAUUUUAAAAGAUGCUUAAAUGCUCUCCGCUUAUCUUUUUUGCCUGCUUUUGCUCGUUAGUUAUUUUACUGCUCACUCGACGAUAGAGCGGUUUUCGUAUGACCUGAAAUGAAAACGCGCGAACAAAACAGAAACAACAAACGAACGGAAAUAGAGCGAUUUGAUUGGUUUAUAGAACAGACACAAACGCGCGUGGCUCUUAGUUGGUUAAGCAAACGCUCAAAAGAAAAAGCUUCAUGCCUCAUGGCCUAAACCACCGUGACGAAUUAUUGUAAUCCAUCUCCUUAGUAUUUUUCCUUUCCAAUUUCUGUGUUGUACCUCAUUUCCGCCUCUCCCUUUUUAUUGCGACAUUCUCCAUCUCUAUAAUAUUGUGAUUGCUACAUAAGUUCAGUAACAUUUGUAAACCUGAAGAAGGCUGGUAUGGCCAGCCGAAAUAUUUUUAUAAAAAACAAUACACUUUGUUUUAAAUCAGCAUUGCAGUAGUCUUUGGACUUCUCGUUCUUGGUUCUUUAUAUUUUGGCUGACUAGAUCUCUUUUCUAGAGAUCCAACGUUUACAACUAGCAGGAUCUUCGAACACGGUUUUUGCAGUUAUCCUUCUCCAUAUUAAGGUUUUCUUUGGCGGGAAAACGAAGAGGCCCUGUUUUGAUCUUUUUAUGCUUUGGCUGAUAAAACAAAUAACAAACACUUACCGAAACCAUUUUUCAAGGUCAUACGAAAAUCGCUCUAUAUGGGAGUUUGUGACUCGGGACACAAGAAAACGUCUGUUGUCCGUAUUAACCGCUGUCCGUAAUAAGCGGGUUAAUUUUAGGGGAAAUAUAUGACCAUUUCGUUGGGACAAAGGAAACUGUUAAUUAUAAACGGGUGUCCGUAUUAAGCUGUUGUCCUUAGACUAGCGGGGUUUCACUCUAGUGAAUCUAAUAAUCUUUUCAUUAUCGCCAAAAUACUGAGCUUCCUGUCGUUGAAGGCGCUUUGCAUCGACCCUGAGGGGGAUAGUUGUUUUAGUAUUUACCGAAUUAAAUAAAUGAAAGAAAGAGUAACUUUUGGAAAUAAAAGACGUCACUUAGUAACAGCUUUGUUUUCGUUUCAUGCACGAUUCAAUUUGACCCGUUACCAUCCCCUAGGACAAGUUUAGCUUUUCGGGCCAUGGGGUGGGGAAUUGUUUGACGCGGUCCUGUCCUGUGGGUAGGAGGCUGGGGCAAAUCAAAAUUAAUUUCCCUUUGAUUUUGCGAAGUACAUGUUACUUAACGCGCGGUUUGCACGAAGCUGCGCGACUCAAGACUGCGAUUCUUCAAGGGUAAACGCAGGAAUUGGCUGGAGCGUGGUUGAAGAGCAGUGACCCACUAAAAUUAACGUCUAUAUUUGAAGGUAUGUUUUAAAAUUGUAGACGAAUGUGCGUAUGGUGCGUACUCGAAUGGAUAUUUGUUUGUAAAACAAACAAAGAAAUAUUUCUUCAGCCUAGUUUAAUAAUCAGCCAACAAAUAAAUAGACUGUGUAUGAAAACAGAUACAACGCUUUUAAUAGUAUACAAAUAAACAACGAUUCAGUCCAGUGUUAAUUUGAAGUGUUCAAUCAGGGAGGCGCUCAAUAGUUUUUUUUCUUUCGUUUCGUUUUCAAACGUGUUGUUCAUGUUUUAACUAUAUCCUUCUCUCAAUAAACUCUAGAAAAACGUUUAGGAAAGUUCUGAAAACGUCUAGUUUUGCUAUUGUACGAAAUCACUAUUGCUCCCAAAAAUAUGUACCGGGAAAAAAACCUACAAGAGGUCGAUCAGGAGCUCGGAACUGCGAAUUGCCUCCAACUGCAUUCCCGGGGGUGGGGAAUAGACCACUAGGAAAGAAAAAAAUAGCAAAUCCCCGAGGUAUGCCCGCGGGGAAUGCUAACAGGUCAAAGUGAACCAUGCAUUAAUUUUGACUAGUCCCUAGGGCUCACUAUUGUGCACGGCAGAUGCGUUUCGGGUCACAUGGUCCGAGAAAGUUUUUGAGGGCGUCUCAAUCUCUCGGCCCUUCGUCUCGGAUACGUCACCGAAAUUGCAUUGACCGAGAGGGCCUGGAAAGUCGCCGUACAGGGACUAGGCAAGCAUUAAUUGACAGUGUUUCGCUGAUUUGUCGAGUGCAUUUUCACUAUUUUAUUGUUCCAAAUUCAGUAAGAAAACACUUUUCUUUUUUAUUACCUUAAAGUAAUCACCACCAAGCCAAUUUCCGUUGCAGUUGACAUACAGCGUCAUUUUGCAUCGAUUGUGGGAGUUUUGAGGAACCGAUUAUCUUCCAUAUUUACAGUACCGACUAACAGACAAAUAUUAAGGCAUUUAGAACACUUUUUAAAUAACCUAUUGUGAAAUUGAUGAAUGGAUGUUCAAAAGGUUCUUAUUAAAAGUCUACGUACCGGUAAGUCUUAUGUUUAUCUUAUGAAAAGUCUAUGUUCUUUCGGAAAGUCACGCAUUAAAAUUACAGACUGGGAUCGAUGACAAAAUUUAUUGAAAUAGGAAUCACAAUUCUUGUAGACAUUUUUAAAGGAAUCAAGAAGCAUUGUGAAAAAAGAACCCACAGGAAUCAUGAAUAUCAAGAUUCAAAGGAUUCCACUUCCACCCCGCGAAAUGUGCAAUGUUUUCUCGAGCUAUCAUGACCCGAAUCUGAGAUCACAAAUCUCUCGAAAAACGGCACUCUACCCAUUCUUACUUGUGAGCUUGGGCUACUUGUAAGUAAAUUUGUUUUAAAUCACUUUUUCAGUAGCGUUGAGCAAAAUGGUGUCCAAAUUGUCCUUUUGAAAGACUGGCUCAUUUUAAGCUAUUUAAAAUUUGAGUAACAAAAAUUUCUUUCAAAAUAUUUUACAAAAGGGCGGAAUGAAACUAAUGUCAUUUCCCGUUCUUAUACACGAAACACAAUCCAACAAAUGACUCGCUCAUUUCCCUAAUACAACUGUUACUCCUCUUCUCUUUUCGUUUUUCCUGCGGGAGGAAAUUAUUCGCAAACAUAAUUCAAUGCAAAACAAGAAAAUUUGCCGGUGUCGCAAAACUACGCCGAAAGCGUUCACGUACAUAAAACCAACUACAUCGGCAAUCGAGAACUAACUCAAAAAAAACUUGAUAGACCGACUGUGAACACAGUUAUACACAAGCAACUAUGAACUUUUCAUCCGACAACAGGUUAGUUUUUUCUUGUCCAUACUAUCCCACUUUUUUGUGGGAUCUAACUGACAAAGUUUUCCCCUGGAUAAUGGUCGUAAUCGUAUCUAUCGCAUCUCCUGCUGCAGUCAUUUUAAACAUUUUAGUCAUCGCAGCAGUGAGAUCAAGAAAGGAACUGCAAAAAAAUCCAAACAUUUUGUUGUCGAGCAUGGCUGUUGCGGAUAUUUUGGUAGGUGCUAUAAACAUGCCUUUAUCAGCCACUGUUGACUUUGUUAUUUCCCGGCAAGUUUUUGAUGAUCGUAUUUGCUUAGUAGACUUGCUGAAUGUCUACUUGAUGCACGCUUUAACAACGUGUACCCUAUACCAUUUGAUCCUUAUCGCUUGGGAGAGGAACCAGGCAAUACGGAAUUGUUAUGAACACAAAGUGAAAAUGACAAGAAGCCGCCUGAAGAAACUCGCCAUAACAGCUUGGUUCUUAGCCGCGUUAACACCAAUUCCAGGCAUUGUGGUAACAGCCCAGGGCAUAAACUAUGAUUUUAUCAUUGAGGCAAUCUGUGCUUUUUUCUUGUUAAUUCUGAUCUGUCUAAUCCCUUAUUUUUACCUCAUGGUGUAUCGUGAAACGCGCAAAAGUAGAAUGAUUACCCAAGUCACUGUUCUGGUGAAAACAAAACUCGAAAACAGAGUUGCUAUGACAUGCGCAUUGGCUUCAGCAGCUGUAAUUCCUUCCGUUGUUCCCAUAGUAACUGUUGGCUUGUUGGGAGAUUUGUACCCAGGUUUUCGCAAGAGUUCCGUCUUCCGAUCAGCGGAGACACUAUUGCAAAUGAACUCUAUAGUGAAUGCAUUAAUUUACUUCUACAGAAACAGUCGUUUUAGAAGCAUCAUUCUCGAGAUUUUGGGCAUCAGAAAACCUCCUGCAGCCAAGUCAAAAGUUGAUCCCAUGCAAUAUGUCAGAUCAAAGGAUCUUUCUUCAGCGGAAGGUACUCAAAAACAACCAAAUGCGUACAGCCGUCGCCUUUUUUCAAGAUCAGCGUCAUGCGAAUUAGCCAACGUGACAGUUUUGAAUUGUGCAAUGAAGAAAAGAUCUGUAUCAGCUUCAACACUAAUAAGAUUACGCAGCAACUCUUUUGACAGUUUCGAGCCGCAGAACAACCCCUCGUCCAUUUUAGCAGUUGUUGCGACAGUCCACCCACAAAGGCUUGAAGGAUAUUUCCCAAUAUUGCGUUUAUCGUCGUCCAAAAACUCAACGAAAAGUUGGGAGGCUAAACGUAAUUCUUUUAAUUUGUCUGGUCCUCCAGAGGAUUUGAAGAAGGGGCAAUUCUCGUCCAAUAACACGAAACUGAAUAAGCGUCUGACAAAAUCUGCCACAUUUAUUAGUGGCGCAGAGGGUUCAUGUGCAGUUCCUUCACGUUCUCGUAAAGGCCUCUUGAAAAGAAGUUUGUCGGCCCCAUCGUUAGGUGAGCAAGAUCAGAAGUUCUUGCAAUGAUACACUGCAGUAGCCAGAUCCUUGCGUUGUCGACCUGGACAAUUUCCAUCUUAAAAGACGUGAAAAGUUUUCGGCAUAAUUUUCAUGAAAGCCCUGUCAUGAGAAAACAUGAAAAGUUAUCAUCGUCCUCGGUGAACGUCCUUGAUUUGAGAUUCGUAUGGUUCUGAAUUUACAAGUGCUGCGCUUACAAUUGCAAUUUUAAAACAGGUUGUAGCCUGUUCCAGGCUCCAAGAUAGCGAGGAAAUCAGAUCGAGAAAAGUUGCUCGAAAAAAGCGUGUGGGCCGGGGGAAGUCGAAGUAGCGGAGCCUGUAAGCAUUGUUUUCAAUACUCAUUCCGGUGUAUCAGCUCUUUAAAAUUCAGCUUCAGAAAAAUUCGCCAACAUACAAAUUGAACGAGGUGAAACAAUAACAAAGGUUUGAGAAUUCGUUAAACAAAGGUGUAAAGGUUCUUCCUCGGUCACGUUUGACGAGUCACUCCAUAUGUGGUAAGGUACGUGACCAGAACAUAAAAAAAACAACCACUCUUUAAAACCCAAACGUCUUGCAUCUUUCACAAUAAAACCAAUGCCAAUGGCUUAAGAAUAUCGCAAUAAAAAAUCUGACGUACUAACAAGUUUAACGUUCCUUCUCAAAAUUCACAUUUAUCGAAAAAGCUAUGACGUCAUUGAGGGGUAUUUUCAUACAUUUUCUUUAACAGGCUUUCUUGCUUUCGUCUGAACGCUAAUUUCAUGCUACAGAUGUUUAAAAAAAGUUAAAUUUCUUAUGACUCGCCAAAAAAAUGGAUUCUCUUCCCUUUGAACUUUUGCGCUUUUUCAUUUCUAAAGCGGAAUUGGGGACUGGCACUAGUUGCGCAAGUAUAGUGUCCAUUUAGUGUUGUCUUAUGUUCAGUUUCACGGUUCCCACCAUGUUAGCGGUUUAAGACACGUGAGAAAUAAUAACCACGAAAUAAUGUCCCUAGCAACGACUCGUAAACUGUAGUUAAGUUUCACCCCCUUUAAUACAGUGGCUCUAAAUAGCUUUUUUAAUUACUUUUUUAAUUACUUUUUUUGGGGGGGGGGGGGUCGAACGCAGACUGGGUUUAUGCAUGUUGACUUCGCUCUAUCCAAAGUGUGUUUUACCGAAUAUAUGCAUUUGGACACUGAAUUAGACUAUGAACCGGUAACAAACGAUAUCUCAAGAAGUACAAGUGGUAUUUAAUCAAAGUAUCUGUUCUUGCGUUAAAUCUGGAUCCAAAUGCAAUGUCAUUUGAGAUGGAGAAAAAGGAAUAAUAAAUGAAUUUCUUGGCAUUUUUGUUAUGCAGCACAUACUAAGACAGGAACUAACAUUUGUCUCGCAUGGCUCACGCUCACAUGAUGACUCGCAUGACUGGCAUGACUCGCUCGCUUGACUCGCAUGACUCACUGGCUCGCUGGCUCGCAGUUUGUCAAGACCCUUGUAUUUUCCGUUUUUGGACCAAUUUAAAACAUUUCCGAUAACUAACAGGCUUGGUCACGUAAUUCAAUACGGCAUUCAAGAUUCAAGUAACAAUCAGACCCCUACCUUUCAUAAAACAGAGAAGUGUUCUCUGCCGCCAGAACUGAUUCGAAGUUGAUCGAGCUCUUUCCCAGGCAGGUCAUUUCUAAAAUGAAUGACAGAAGUCAGGAAGAAGAGGCAUUGUCUCAGGCGCAAAUCCUUGUUAACAUCGAAAGACAACUCAACGCAGCUACAGCUGCAAUUAGUCAGGCUUGUAAGCAACUGCAACAAGAAGCAGACAAGCUUCAUAACGAGCGGGAAACAUUCGAUCGUAUGUCGAAGAAAAUUGAAAGUACGCAGAUUUCUGAGACCGUCAACCUCAACAUCGGUGGCCAGCAUUUUACCACAACUCGCCAAACGCUAACAAAGGACCCAAACUCGUACUUUGCUGCUAUGUUUUCCGGAAGGUUUUCAUUAAAGCGUUCUGAAGAUGGUACGAUUCAGACGAUUGAAAUCGAUCGAGAUGGAAAACACUUCCGCCAUAUACUUAACUACCUGCGUGAUGGGAAGUUAUCUUUACCAGAAGAAGCCACGUGCACUGAUCUGGAGGAAAUCGAGACAGAAGCCACUUAUUACCAGAUACAAGGAAUUAUCGACGAGUUAAGUAAACCCAGAUCCGCGAAAAGAGUCAGAAGAGUUCCAUUCAAGGAGCCACAGCGCUAGCCACAAGGUUGUUUUCAGAUUCUAAGAUUCUGACUCCAGAACUUGACAUGAUCCUGUCAGGUAUGCUACUUUACAAAACUGGCGACUGGCGACUUCUGUACAGAGCUUCUCGAGACGGCUUCGAGGCAGAAUCGUUCCACUUAAAAUGCGACUACAAAGGUCCAACAGUAACGGUUGUGAAAAGUGGUAACUUCAUAUUUGGCGGAUUUACUGAAGCAGCAUGGAGGAGUCCGCGUAAGUAAAAUAACGUUGUCUUCUUGAAUAGUACAAUAACUGUAAUUGUUAGUCGAGGUCUAGCAGGAUGGAGUUUUCACUUACCGGAGUCCACUUCAAUGAACCAAGAAUCGAUUUCCUUUAUAAUCGAAGUUAAGGUCUCGGUAAAGGAAAACGAGGUGCCCACAGAAAAAAAUUCUAGUCGCGCGAGUAUUUUCGCUACAAAGGCAAGUUAUAUAUCAAAUUAAAGGUAAAGACUAAAUUACCUUAUUAAAGAUUUUAUUUCACCGAAUUUUAAAAGGCGCUUAUGUUUUUUGCUCUCGAACUCAGAGGUAUCGAGUUUACUGCUGAAGCUCCAGCCCUUUCGCGUUGUUAAAUAUUCACUUCCUUUUUAAUUAUUGCGUCUCAUUGACAGAUAAAAGACCUAAAAAAGGGUGUGAGGAAAUUUGCAUAUGUCUCGUAUUAGCGGAAUUGUUACAUUUCAAACUAAAAAGUCGAAUCUCGAGCGCGAUUUACGCAAAGAAACUGAGAUAAAAUGAGUUACAAAGGAAAAUCGGAAAAUUCCUCACACCAGUUUUGAGUCUAUAUCAUUAUCCAUCAUAUCUGAAAGUUUAAAAGCGAUAGCUUAAAACCUGUUCCGACUGGAGGUCGGAGAAUUUUGAUUUUUGCGUCUAAAAUAGAGUGAGAGAAAAUCAGCUCUAAAGAUUUAGCGCGAGGUCCACGCUUGGCUGGUUAGCUCAGAAAAGGCUCAUUUUAGGAGGGUUAAAAAGCACUUUCUGAUUUUCUUUUUCUGCCAAAAUAAAAUUUAGGACCCACUCAUGCCAAAAAUCCAAAAAAAAACGAAAUCGAACAAUGUACUAAAAUUUUCAUUUACCAAGACCUUAAGCCAAGCUGGCAAUGAAAAUUUAAUGUUGAUAAAUAGCCACACACUUUUGGAUACUUAUACGUUAUACGUGGGAAUAACGCCGAACGAACUAGUGAAAAGUGAUUUUUGAGAAUUCAUUCUUCACUCAGGCAGACAUUCAGUUAGUAUCGUUCUAAAGUCGUAUUUCAAGACCAAAUUUAUACGCGACAUGACGAGAGGGUGGAUUGAGGGUCAGUUUUAAAUAUAACUUGAGUCACAUCAGCAGAUCAGUACUCGUCUGAAUUAGUGUACAGUCACCAGGAUUUUAUAUAGGCUUUAUUUGGGGUUUUAGCGGGAGUAAGGUAUAACUGGCCAAAAUAUUUUUAAGAUAGAUGAUUUGAAAAAUAAAUCCUAGGGAUAGCCAAAAAUGGUGGAUUUAGGGAUAACGGAACUAUAUUCAUUAAGAUGAUAAAUACUUCAACCCCCCUUAAUUGGGACCGGAUAUAUAGUUUUGAAUGAACGUUCAUUAAACUUUGCUGCAUGUAUUCGGCCAAACAUAGUGACAACAGGGUCAGUUAAAAGUUUGUAAAAAAUAUUUAAUUUUCUCCUCAAGGUGUGCGUAUGGAAGUUAUUGAAUCCAAACAGGCAUUCCUAUUCAGUUUGGUCAAUCCAUUUGGGACGGAGCCUGUUCGAAUACCCGCAGACGAGAAGGAGAGCGGUUGUGUUAUUGCCUGUAAAAAGUCGCUUGGGCCAUCGUUUGGACAAGACUAUUGGUCAGAAAAAUACCUACACAUUUCAAAUAAUGCGCAGUCAUCUCAAUCAAGUUAUAGUCGUUUACGAGAAAAAUUUUCGUGCACUGGAGGAAAACAAGGAGAUUUGUUCUUCACGGGUACUAAAGAUUUUACCGUCGAUGAUUACGAAGUGUUUGAAUUUUACUAGUGAUAAUUUUCGUACUUUAUCCACAAGUGUAGUGGGACUGGCUAAGGACGUCCGUAAGUGGAAAAUUGAUUCCACCUUUGUGAAAAAGGUAGAUUUAUAGACUGGAUCCAUAAAGUGAACCUCAGAACGUAGUAUUAAAUUUAAUAUUGUAAAUGAAGAGAGAAUUAGGUCCAAAGUUUGUGCAAUGAUAAAUUAGCCUUUUAAUGAAAAACAAAAAAAGGCAUUGACGGGGCGGAUUUUGCCUUGUUUGUUGUAAGGUAGCUAAGUCCAAUCUAACCUUGACAAAAAAAAUUAAUGCAAUGAAUCUACUAGGACGGUUUCUUACACCGGUCAUUUUGUUUUCUAAUUUUGUAUUAAUUAUGAGGUUGCUAUAGAAAUAUGUUGUUGCCGUUACAAUAGACCAGGUUAGGCUUAUUUUCCUUGUACAUUUUGUGCCCACUGAAUGUCAUGUAACGGUACUCAAAGGAGUAUUAUUUUCUUUCAAAAUAAAGCUCAUUAAAGUAAAUGAUUGAACCUAGGAGAGUCAUGUCAUAAGUAGGUGGAAUAUGAUCCCACAGGUGAUGAAGUACUAAAUAAGUCUGUUAUUCUUGACAGUGACUGACGGUUCGGCAAACUGUGCGGCAGUCAUCUUUUGAGUCAGUGGUCAAAAAGUUGCUUCCUUGAUUUUCAAAAAGACAAAGUACCCCGGGGGAUACUCAAAAAGUUGUAUACAGGGAGGCUCCGCCCCGAGGUGCAACCUCGUACCCGCUUAGAACUGUCCAUCCCUUUAAACUGCUAUAAAUGCUCUGUCUAAAUAAAUCUCAAAAACAGGAACGUUUUCUCGACUUUCUCACAGUCAUAAAAUCAUCUGUUAGUCGUUCUGGUCCUUUUUACCGAACCAAAUGACAGAUUUCCCUACACUUUCAUAUAGUUCAACAAGUGAAAUCCCUUCCCUUUCAUAUAGCUGGGGCCUGAAAACGGUACCCCUUUAAUUUUUGGGCGGGGCAUUCCCGUAUAGGUCAUUUUAGGGAGUGUCCCCCCGGGACAAAGGGUUUUAAAAAUCUCCUCACUUGUUCUACAUUGGAGAAACAAAAUAUAAGAUCUAUUCGACGCUUUCAAAUUGAAAAGAUUUGGACAUAAACUUUGAUAUCCUCUUUGUUUUCGCCCCGCCUCCGCAAUACUUAUGUUAUGGAUCUGAACAUCUGUUUACGUUUAGUAGAUUCUAGUUGUGUUACGUAAUAUUUGGAAGUUUAGAGAAGACCGCACGAGUGCUUUAUGCGUUCUUUUGCAAGAGUUCCGUCUUUCGGUCAGCAGAGACACUUUUGCAACUGAACUCUAUAGUGAAUCCACUUAUUUACUGCCACGCAAACCGUUGCUUUAGAAACAUGUUCUCGAGAUUUCAUACGUCAGAAAACUUCCAACAGUGGUUCCCAUGGUGCAAUAUGUCAGAUCAACUCGUUUCUCAGUGGAGGGUACUCUAGAGCGACCAAAUGCACACAGUCGUCGCCUUUUGUCAAGAUCAGCGUCAUACGAAUUAGUCAACGUUAAGAUAUUAAAUGGCGGCUAUGAGGACAAAACCUGUGUCAGCUCCUUCACUAACCAGAUUACACAGCAACUCUUUGGACCUCAGCCUCCAGCAGCUGAACAACACCCCUGUCCAUUUUAACAAUUGUGUCAAUCUCACCCACAAAGGUCCUAUGGACAUGACACUUUUCCAAGAUGUUAACCUUCAUCGUCCAAAGAAUCAACUGAGAAAAGUUAGGAAGCUAAAAAUAAUUCUCCUAAUCUGUCUGAUCCUCAGGAAGAUUUGAAAAAGGAACAAUACGCGGGCGUUCAAUCAUCCAAAAGUGAGUUACUAUCUCAGUCUAAGGCGGAUCCAGGGGAGGGUCCCGGGGGGCCCGCCCCUCUCCCCCUUAUUUUUAGACCAAACUGAGGCCGAAAAAAAUUUUUUUUGAGACUGGGCCUACCCCUUAUCUCAGGGUCUGGAUGACUGCCCCACCCCCCCAUUAUCUAAAGGUCUGGAUCCGACAGUGUCAGUGACAAGUUCCACCAGAUACAGUGAGCUCGCAGGUUCAUAUGGAAUUCAAUUUAAAAUUUGAAAAGAAGUAUUUCUUUCUUUUCUUUUUCUUUGUUUCGCGUUUUCAUUUUGGUAUGACAACGCUGUGUGACCUUGUGUGAUUGCUUAUAUGUUGUGGUUUAAUUUCAUCCUUAAUUCAAAUUUUAUUUUCAUAACUGCUUCACACUCUUUAUCAUACAUCAUUAUACCCCCCAAAAAACAAAGGACAAUAUGACUUUAGCCGAGGAUUAAAUAAAACCACAACAUAAAUUUUUGAGGGAAUCCCAUAUUUACACGUGAUUUACCGUGCAAACACUUUGAAACACAUUGGAAGCUAAGCACCAGCAAUUUCUGAAUUUAGUUAGACUUUUGACAAAUAUUAAAAAACACGUGGGUUUUAAUUCAUUUCUUCUGUUCUUCCAUUUUAGUUCGCAUUGGUUUAGAUGGUGGUUUCUCAAAAAGUUCUCUUACGCGAAAAAAAAAUAUAAUGGAAGAGAACUUCUCAUUCACCUCGUAAAUUUAAGAGAAAAAACGCAGAGUUUAAGUUUCCUCUCUGAUCUUGGUAGCCUGUGGAUAGAACUGUCCCUCCUCGCUCCUCGCUCCUCGCUGCUAGGGACGUCUCCAGGGACUUCCCUAGCAACGAGGAGCGAGGAGCGAGGAGCGAGGAGAGACAGCUGUAUUCGCAGGUUAUGAUCUUGGUGGCUGGUUUUGCACUACUGACAUUCAUUAAGUAAUAUUUAGCGUAUGUAAAUGCUCCUUUUUUCUUCGAGUGUCUUAUUAAACUUAAACGUAUAAACAAACAGAUUUCUUCAGGAGCUGCUAAUUGUUUCCGCACCCGAGCCUAUCCUGCCGUAAAUGAGCCUUAACAUAACCUUUGAGCUUUUUUAGAUUUAUUUCAAUGAAAUCAUUCGCCUUUCGGUGAACUUGUUUUUCAUUAGUUGUACAGUGAAGUAAAGCAAAUUGAGGUUUCAGUUUUUUUUGAAAGUCUGGUAAAUGUUAUUUUUGGUGAUUGGGGAGACUGACCCGAAAACGCAAGUGCGAGUAUUCUCCGGGGGACCGCCGGGAUCAUAAACCCGAGUACAUACUAUGGGGGACGGGGGCAUGUUCGCCCAGUAAACUUUGAGAUUUGCUUCUCCUAAAGUGGGCACAUAUGUAUCUAAACCAUUGUGCUUUUAAGAUUAUUUUACGUACCUUUUAAAAUCAGAACUUUGGUGCUCCUGUAAUUUGUAAUUUGUUUGCCAACGGAGCACUAAGGAAUUCUUAAGAACAUGUCCGUGCGUUCCAGGUCGAAUUGAAAUUUAGAAGUGUUGGUUUUUAAGGAGAGGGGAAAGCCAGAGUACCCGGAGAAAAACCUCUCGGAGAAAGGAAGAGAACCAACAACAACCUCAACUCACAUAUGGCGUCGACGCCAGGAUUUGAACCAGGGCCACAUUAGUGGAAGGCGAGAGCUCUCAGCACUGUGCCACCCUUGUUCCUUAAAAUCAAGUUGAUACUCUACAGGUUGGAAAGUCGUUCUUAAAGACCCCUUUAAAAAAGCAUGGGGGGCAAAAGCCCCCAGCCCCACCUCACUUAACUGAUUCCCUGCAAAAGAGCGGAAAACUAAUGAGACUUCCUGGCCUUGCGAAAGAAAUGAGAUUCAACAUAUGGUUCGUUUUUGUCUUUGUCCUGUUUUCCGCCUUCUUGUUUUCGUUUUUUUUUUCCACCCUGUGAAAACUAAUCGUACCACCGCCUGCAAAAAUCAGUUUAGUUUAAAACGAUAUAUGACUGAUUGUUUACUUUCCGGGACUCUUGAUUAAUUAGCACCCAUUAUAUCGUUGGCGAUCAAGGAUAAUUGGAAUCAAGAUGGAUAAAUCGUCUACCAACUCAAACAGUAAGAGUCAGUUUAUCAGGGAGUUCAUACGCAAGCAACUAUGAACCUUUCGUCCGAGAGCAGGUUAGCUUUUUCUUGCCCACAGUAUCCCAGUUUUGUGUGGGACCUAACUGACAAAGUUUUCCCCUGGAUAAUGGUUGCAAUCGUAUCUAUAGCAGCUCCCGCUGCAGUCAUUUUGAACAUUUUGGCUAUCGCAGCAGUGAGAUCAAGAAAGGAGCUGCAAAAAAAUCCAAACAUUUUGUUGUCGAGCAUGGCUGUUGCGGAUGUUUUGGUAGGUGCGAUAAAUAUGCCUUUAUCCGCCACUGUUGACUUUGUUAUUUCCCGGCAAGUUUUUAAGGAUCAUAUUUGCUUGGUAGACUUGAUUAAUGUCUACUUGAUGUACGCUUUAGCAGCAUGUACCCUAUACCAUUUGAUCCUUAUCGCUUGGGAGAGGUACCAGGCAAUACGGAAUUGUUAUGAACACAAAGUGAAAAUGACAAGUAGCCGCCUGAAGAAACUCGCCAUGACAGCUUGGUUCUUAGCCGCGUUAGCACCAAUUCCAAGCAUUGCACUAAAAGCCCCGGGCAUUUACUACGAUAUAAUUUGUUAUAUCGUUGAAUUUCUCAUGUUGAUUCUAAUCGCUUAUUUUUACAUCAUGGUGUAUCGCGAAACGCGCAAACGUAAACUGAUUACCAAAGUCACUGUUCUGGUGAAAACAAAACUCGAAAACAGAGUUGCUAUGACAUGCGCAUUGACUUCAGCAGCUGUGAUUCUUUCCUUUGUUCCCACGGUAACUGUUAAAUUGUUGGGAGAUUUGUACCCAGGUUUUCGCAAGAGUUCCGUCUUCCGGUCAGCAGAGACACUAUUGCAAAUGAACUCUAUAGUGAAUCCACUAAUUUACUGCUACCGGAACCGUCGCUUCAGAAACAUCAUUCUCGAGAUUUUGUGCAUCAGAAAACCUCAAGAGACUAAGCCAACAGUCCUUCCCAUGCAAUAUGUCAGAUCAAAGGAUCUUUCUUCAAUGGGAGGUACUCAAAAACAACCAAAUGCGUACAGCGGUCGCCUUUUUUCAAGAUCAGAGUCAUGCGAAUUAGCCAACGUGACAGUAUUUAGUGGUGCAAUGAAGAAAAGAUCUGUGUCAGCUCCUUCACUAAUCAGAUCACACAGUAACUCUUUUGAGAGUCCCGGGCCGCAGAACAACCCCUCGUCCAUUUUAACAGUUGUUGCGACAGUCCACCCACAA